GGGGCACAAGUGUGACCUUGUAGGACUCUACAAAUAUCCACUGGCAUGUUUUAUACAGCUUACUACACCUUCACCACCCCGGACUGCAGCCCAACUCCUUUUGCUGUGAAAUAUAUUUUACAUUAUUAACCAGAAAAGCGGAGGGUUAAUUAAAGUUAGCUUAAUUCCCCUUUCUUGGACCGCCUAUAAACUAAGAAGAAUAAAGAAACGAUUACCGUUAUUAUUCAUUGUGUUGCCUUAAAAAACGGUCGCUCCUGUAGAAGUUCUGUCACAUCUUGCAGAAACAUUUGGAAAAACGGACCACAAAGAUCAGUCAACAAGGUCAACCUUGAAUAAGUUUCUUUGUUACCGUUUGUUACCGUUUGUUACCGUUUGCACAGUGAAGGGAACUUGCAGAUAAAAACACAGCAGGCUCAGUAGCCGAGUUUCAACCGCAUCAUCCUCCGUUUCUUCUACGCAGUGGUCGAACUUUUACGCACUGUUGUCUCAGAGUCACCUUUAUCAUGACGCGAAGUGCGAUAUAUGGAGUCGGGAUUGUUUGCGCCAGUCUACUGAUCAUCGGGAUUGGCUUGGUUGUGACUCAAGUAUUUCAAACUUUGAUCCAUAACCGGUUAAAAAAGGAGAUAACUCUGACAGAGGGUAGUCGUGUGUUUGAGACAUGGAAAGACCCUCCUCCUCCCGUCUUCAUGCAAUACUUCUUCUUCAACGUUACCAACCCAGAUGAGUUCCUGGAUGGAGCCAAGCCUGUCGUCUCUCAGGUCGGCCCUUACACAUACAGGGAGUACAGGCCCAAAGAAAAUGUGACGUUUGUAGAUAAUGGGACCAGAGUGUCUGCCUACCAACCCAAGACAUUUGUGUUCCUGCCAGAGCGCUCUGUAGGUGAUCCUGAUUAUGACAUGAUCACAACCAUCAAUAUCCCAGCUGUGGCGGUGAUGAACAAGGUGAAGGAUAGUUUCUGGAAGAGUUCGAUGGUAUCUAUCUGGAUGAAUUCACUUCAUGUCGGCAUGUUCAUGACGCGCUCCGUCAACGAGCUGCUGUGGGGCUUCAAGGACCCUCUGUUGUCCCGCAUCCAUCCCAUGAACCCAGAGAUCGACGAGUACUUUGGCCUCAUGUACAAGAAAAAUGGAAGCAAUGAUGGUGAAUUUGUUUAUCAUACCGGGGAGGAGGACUUCAUGAACUACGGCAGGGUAGCCACGUUUAAAGGAGAAAGUAAACUGAGCCUGUGGACGUCUGAGCAGAGUAAUAUGAUCAACGGUACAGACGGCAGUGCCUUCCACCCCCUGUUGUCCAAGACGGAGAGACUGUACGUCUUCAGUCCUGACCUGUGCAGGUCCAUCUUCAUGGAGUUUGAGAAAGAUGUGAAGGUGAAGGGGCUCCCAGCGUAUCGUUUCACCCCUCCUCGUGAUGUCCUGGCAAGCAAGGAGGAGAACCCAGCCAACGAAGGAUUCUGUGUCUCCCCCAAAGAGUGCCUGGGCACCGGCUUGCUCAAAGUCAGCGUAUGCCGAAAAGGUGCUCCAGUCGUGACGUCUUUUCCUCAUUUCUACCUGGGAGAUGAGAAGUACUCUAACGCCAUUGAAGGACUGGAUCCUGUCAGAGAGCAUCACCAGACCUUCCUGGACCUGAACCCGACCACUGGUGUUCCUAUCCGGGCCAGUAAGAGAGCUCAGAUCAACAUCCUCAUCAACAGAAUCGGUGGCUUUCCGAAAACCAAAUCCCUAAACGAGACCAUCUUCCCUGUCAUGUUUAUCAAUGAGACGGUAGUGAUUGACGACGUGUCGGCGGCGAAGCUCCACAAACUGUUGCUGAUGGUGAUGCUGGUGUCCAACUCCCCUCUUGUCCUGGUUGGUCUGGGGGCCAUCCUGCUGCCGGUGUUCAUCGGACUCAUCGUCUGCGAAUACAAACAGAAGAAGUCAACAAAGGAAGACACAUCUUAUUCCCCCGUGAGCAACAAGGAGGGUGACGAAAAAAAUGGCAGCAGCUAUGUUGCCUUGACUCCCGUUAUUGACAAGUCUUGAGGAGGGAAUGGGAAGGGUUUAUGGAGAGACAGAUGUAGGAUCUUAAUAUGAACCAGUUUGCUACAGCAGUAAAAUAAUCCUGCUGCAACAGGAAAUGUGAAUUAUGUGGAUUAUAAUUAAUGGAAAUUUUUGUAGGGUUUUUAAAAGUCAAAAACACUGCAAGUUUGCAAUUCUCAGAAACAAAAGAGUGAUCAAAUUACGAUCCUACAUCUGUAUAUCAUAUAUAUCAGUGUGAGUUGCUGUUCAGGGCUGGAUCAUUGUAAAUCAUUGUGGCACUAGUUAGACUACUUUGAUAUGUCUUCGUUUUUUUGUUUUGUUACUUUGUUUAUUUGGAUCCGGUUUAACCCACACAAUGGGCCUAAUCUUCCCGAAGUCCCUGUUUAACCCACACAAUGGGGCUAAUCUUCCCGAAGUCCCUGUUUAACCCACACAAUGGGGCUAAUCUUCCCGAAGUCCCUGUUUAACCCACACAAUGGGCCUAAUCUUCCCGAAGUCCCUGUUUAACCCACACAAUGGGCCUAAUCUUCCCGAAGUCCCUGUUUAACCCACACAAUGGGCCUAAUCUUCCCGAAGUCCCUGUUUAACCCACACAAUGGGGCUAAUCUUCCCGAAGUCCCUGUUUAACCCACACAAUGGGCCUAAUCUUCCCGAAGUCCCUGUUUAACCCACACAAUGGGCCUAAUCUUCCCGGAGUCCCUGUUUAACCCACACAAUGGGCCUAAUCUUCCCGAAGUCCCUGUUUAACCCACACAAUGGGGCUAAUCUUCCCGAAGUCCCUGUUAACCCACACAAUGGGGCUAAUCUUCCCGAAGUCCCUGUUAACCCACACAAUGGGGCUAAUCUUCCCGAAGUCCCUGUUAACUCACAAAAUGGGGCUAAUUUUCCCGAAGUCCCUGUUAACCCACAAAAUGGGGCUAAUCUUCCCGAAGUGUUGACAUACAGUACAUGGCCAAUUUGACCAGCUGUUUCAAACAUGAUAUAAAAUAUAAACUGUUUGAUACCUUUUAUUCAACAUUUUGUUUAAAAAAAGGCUUUAUAAAUACAUUUGAUUAAUUGAUUGAUUGAUUGAUUGAUUGAUUGAUUGAUUGAUUGACAGAUCGAAUGCAGUUCCACCCCCGACACCCUCAAAACAACUGCUAUUAGGAUGUUGCCUAAAGUGGAGCUGAUUGAAUUGAACCCUUAAUCUGUAUCUGGGAAACCACCCCUGGUUGUGUGUCCUAAAGAUGUGUCCUUAAGAUGUGUCCUAAAGAUAUGUCCUAAAGAUGUGCCAUAAAGAUGUGUCCUUAAAAUGUGUCCUUAAGAUAUGUCCUAAAGAUGUGCCAUAAAGAUGUGUCCUAAAGAUGUGUCCUUAAGAUGUGCCCUAAAGAUGUGCCCUAAAGAUGUGUCCUUAAGAUGUGUCCUAAAGAUGUGCCCUAAAUAUGUGUCCUAAAGAUGUGUCCUUAAGACGUGUGUACAUUAUUCAGGUAUCAUUCCAUUCUCAGGGGCACUAUGCUAGAAACUACACACCUUGUGCAUCACGAGACGGCUUCAAAAAUGAUUAUUAUUAUAAAACUGUAACGUGUCAAAGAAGGUCAAGGAAGUGGUGAGAUGCUCUACUGACCAACGAAGGCUAAAUAUUUAAUGUAAUGAGUGUGUCUUCUUAAUGAAUUUUGGAUUCAUAUGUAAACUAACAACAACAAAAAAUAUAUUUGUAACAUUAGCUAUAAUCGUUAAAUUUCUACGUAUUUUAUUUGUUCAUGCACUGUUUAAAUUUAUUUUAGAACUUGGUUGAAUAUGUUUAAAUUAGUGAACAAAAAUGCCAUCUGACUAUGUUUAUGUUAUUGGACAUAUCCACAAUCCCAUCCAUACCUAAUCCAUGGAUCACCUUCACAUAUCCACAAUCCCAUCCAUACCUAAUCCAUGGAUCACCUUCACAUAUCCACAAUCCCAUCCAUACCUAAUCCAUGGAUCACCUUCACAUAUCCACAAUCCCAUCCAUACCUAAUCCAUGGAUCACCUUCACAUAUCCACAAUCCCAUCCAUACCUAAUCCAUGGAUCACCUUCACAUAUCCACAAUCCCAUCCAUACCUAAUCCAUGGAUCACCUUCACAUAUCCACAAUCCCAUCCAUACCUAAUCCAUGGAUCACCUUCACAUAUCCACAAUCCCAUCCAUACCUAAUCCAUGGAUCACCUUCACAUAUCCACAAUCCCAUCCAUACCUAAUCCAUGGAUCACCUUCACAUAUCCACAAUCCCAUCCAUACCUAAUCCAUGGAUCACCUUCACAUAUCCACAAUCCCAUCCAUACCUAAUCCAUGGAUCACUUUCACUUUGAACUUGCAUGUAGUGAUAUUUUGCAGGUGAGCAUUUUUAAGUGUUACUUAUCUGAUAUUCCAAAUGUGACAUCUGCCUACAUUCCUUAGAUGAGACUCCUGUGCCCAGUUGGUACAUUCAUUAGGUGAGACUCCUGUGCCCAGUUGGUACAUUCAUUAGGUGAGACUCCUGUGCCCCAGUUGGCACAUUCAUUAGGUGAGACUCCUGUGCCCAGUUGGUACAUUCAUUAGGUGAGACGCCUGUGCCCAGUUGGUACAUUCAUUAGGUGAGACUCCUGUGCCCCAAUUGGUACAUUCAUUAGGUGAGACUCCUGUGCCCAGUUGGCACAUUCAAUAGGUGAGACUCCUGUGCCCAGUUGGCACAUUCAAUAGGUGAGACUCCUGUGCCCAGUUGGCACAUUCAAUAGGUGAGACUCCUGUGCCCCAGUUGGUACAUUCAUUAGGUGAGACGCCUGUGCCCAGUUGGUACAUUCAUUAGGUGAGACGCCUGUGCCCAGUUGGUACAUUCAUUAGGUGAGACGCCUGUGCCCAGUUGGUACAUUCAUUAGGUGAGACUCCUGUGCCCCAGUUGGUACAUUCAUUAGGUGAGUGUUGGUCUGUAUUGGGCAGAUCUAUAAAAACAAUACCACAUCAUUGGCUUAUUGCUGCCAUUGUGAACGAGCCAACAUACCUAUGGCGCUCUGUAUACCGCGUAAAACAAGGACAGGUUUUUUUGACUGAAUUGUUUCUGAGGCUUUUUGACACAUCAGACAAUUGUCCUGUGCCCUAUAGUGCGGGGUGGGGGGGGGGGCUUCUUGUCUGAAACAAACGAAUUAAGGCAAUGAAAAUGUGUAAUUUGAAGAUCAGAUCCCUUUAGAAUGUAUUUCCAGAAUAGUGUUGUUGUUUUUACUAAUAGAAUAGAGUGCGUACUAAUGUGCAUUUCUGUUAUACAGGGAAGUCCAUGUGUCGUCGUGUUUUUUUGGUUGAUAUUUUUUGACAGAAAAAAAAUGGACUGAAACUUUUAACUCAUGUAUCAGGUUCUGAAUGAUCUAAAUGUAUUGUCAUCACUACAUUAUCUCUACAUUAUCUCUACAUUAUCUCUACAUUAUCUCUGCAUUACCAUGGCUGCUGAUGAAACCAUAGCUUCAGGUUUUGAUGCAAGGUUGUCAUCCUAAUGGCAAACAUUUUGGGGAUCAAAGAUAAACAUUUAAAUCGUAUACCAAACUACUGGAAUUGUAGACAUUUUGCAGUGAUGUUGAAAGCCAAAUUGUGUAUUGCUUUGUAUUGUGAGACAAUAAUAGGAGCACAUUAGCAGACUGUCUCUCUAGAAAAUGUCUUGAGAGAAAGGGCUCCUUGGAUAUCUAGAUAUGUUUAUUUUCUAUGGCAUCUCCUAAUGACACUAUAUACAUUUGUGUUAUGUCUAUAAUAGCCUUUGUGCAACUGCUUAACUGCUGUAGUUCUAUGGCGUAGUAAUUCUUUGGUUAAUUGUUGAAAUUGAAGAUUCUACAGGACUUGCUUGAAUGAUUAUUGCACCAUAAUGACUGUCUGAACGUAGCCUGAGUGCCAAUGUGUUUGUGUUCUUGCCUAGCUAUAAAAAAAUAUAAAAAAAGAACAUGACAAUGAGUGACAAGGAGUUGGCAUGGUAACGCCAUCAAACAUGGCAAUCAGGCUAUAGUCUGACACCUCAAUGUUGAAAUCAACGAGUCAGAUCCCAUUUCAGUGCUCUGAGCUUAACUAUUGAUGCAUUACUUUGUAACCCAGCUGACUGUUCGUAUUAAUAUGAUAUGCCAAACAAAUUUAGCAGAACUUUUGCUUUGUUAGAUUACUUGUUGUGAAUUUAUUAGAUACUGUUUGACUUGUUACUCAUUUGUUUAUGAGAUGCCAUGCACUUACGUACUCAGUAUUAGUUAUUCUUGUUGAAAAAUAGAAAAGCAGCAAUAGAAAUGUAUAAUUUGAAAAAUGAGUAAUUGUUAGCGUUUUCUUCUCUUAUUAUAAGUCUAAUCAGUCAUUUCAUAUUUUGAUGUUCAUUUGUCUUUGGCCUCUGUAUUUACUCUGUAGCAACCAUGUGCCUUGGUCUGUAAUGGAAUUACAGAACAUUGAAUGAAGAGGGCCUCAUUCACAGGAGGUUGGUGGCACCUUGAUUGGUGAGGACAGGCUCCAGGUAAUGACUGGAGCGGAAUCCGUGGAAUGGUAUCAAAUACAUCAAACACGUUUCAGUGGUUUCCAUGCGUUUGAUGCCAUUCCAUUUGCUCCGUUCUGGGCAUUAUUAUGAGCUGUCCUUCCCUCAGCAGCCUCCGCUGGUUUAAAUCCACUGUCAGACUCUAUGGUGCAUUUUGUAAAACAGUCAUUAGAAACAGGACAAAAUUGGGAUACAACAACUAUCAGGAGAAUUGCAUAGGUAAAUUAUACACCAUAAAAUCAAAACCAUUCUCCAUGUACAGCCAUAGACAUCAGUGUACACACACAGCACUACUUGUUUUGUGCUUGAGCACCAUAGUAAUUAAACUACUUUCCUCAGUCCCAAAGUCCUGUUUCCUGUUAUACAGCUGAAUGCUUUUCAUUGCAGCAGUCAAACAUAAUCCUUAUAUUUAUCAUAGUUAUCUUUAUUUUUUGGAAUGUAAAGACUGCAAAAAAAGUUACAAUAUUUUUUUAUAAAAAAUAAAAUGUUAAACUUAUUUACAAUUAAAUAAAAAGCAACCAUUUUGA